CACCUAACCCCCACUCUACUCAAAGCUGCGCGAAACGUGCUCGUUCCUUCCGUAAGUAUGGUUAUGUUUCAGUUGACACGACGGCUUUAGUGGAUAUACACGGGUGUGAUUAAAAAUAUUUGUAUUUAAAUUAUAUAUUAAUUAAUACAUUGUGUUGAUCGUAUAAAAUAUGGAAGCUAUUUGGAAUAGAGUUCACAUCGAACAUCCACCAAAUAUUACGUGGCGCAUUGAAACUCAGAAAUUUGAUAUCGUGGGACUUCAGACAACGUUAAAACAUAUUAUUAAGGAUUUAGAAUCCCAAAAUGAUAUACAUGUAGAAGCAGCAAUGUUAAGUAGGUUAAUUUAUCGAAUGAAAUGUAAAUUUCGUAACGAUAAGGGUUUUAAGAAUAUGGAGAAAGUGAAUAGAGCUUUACUCAAUUACUUAAAUUUAGCACUUGAAAAGGAAUAUAAGAGUUUUAAGAGUUAUAUAGAAUUUAAUGAUAUGUUUGUUACAUUGCCAAGCAAACAAAUGUUAGAGUACAUUCUUGUCAGAACUCAAGGUUUUGCAAAGCUUUUAGCUAGGGUGGAAGAAGUUGCAAAGUGUGCUGGUACUUUUUUACGUACUCGUAUUAUCUUGGGUCAUGCAUGGACUGUUACGCUUGUAGCAUAUGCUAUCAUUAGUAGAAUUUGGGUCUUAUCGAAAUAUUUAGUUAAAAGAUCUUGCAUUUGGUAUAAUGGGCUCUAUCAAUUUUUGAGUUCAUUCAAAAUAAUAGGUCUUCCUUGGCUUUCAAAAAAAGACAAUUUACCAUCUGAUUUAAAAACAUGGCUUGCUUUACCAUGGCUCGAUGAAAAUGAAUCAAGCAUCCCUGAAGAAAAUAUUUUGAAAGACAAGAUGUUCAAAUUAAUUGAACUACAAGAUGAUAAUUUAGACACAGAUUUAACUUUUGACUUUAAAGAUAAGUUGAUAGAAUUAGAUACUACUGAUUCUAUCUGUGAUAUAUCAGAAAAUAUUUCAAAGCCAAGUAUUUCAAAGAAUGUUGGUGAACUUUCUAUUUAUAUGGAUGAUGAUCUUGGAGAAGUUGUUAAUCGUUCAAGCUGUGCAUUAAAUCUUAAUAAAAGAAAACGUAAGGAGAAGAAAUCAAUAGAAAAGCAAAAACAAUCAAUAAAUAGUGAAGAGCAUGAAAGUGAUACAAAACAAAUAGUUACAUUCAAAUCUAAAAAACAAAAACAGAAAGAAGAAAAAAGCUCUUCUUUACUUAAUAUCCGUAAAACUACACUAUGUCAUUUAGAACCUAAAGCAAACAAAAAUAAAAAGAAAAAGAAAUUGAUUUAAUCAAAUAAUACAAUCUCAAAUGAAAAUGUUACUUCUCAUUUUAAUAAUAUGAGAAAAUCCGAUUUGAUUGUACCUUUACAUAAGAAUUGUUAUUAAAAAAUGAGUAAGUUACAAUGGAAUAUUAUUAAAAAAAGUUCAAUAAUUUACUGAGGCAAUUAAACGAAUGUAUUGACGAGAAGAUGCAAUUAUUAAUUAGGAAAACAAUUAAUAUUAUACAAAAAAUUAAUUUAACGUUAUAAUUUGAAAUUUGACAUAAAGUUAAUGAAUAACUUUAAACAAAGUUAAAAUGUAAAUAUAUUAAUAUAAAAUCUAUUUUUAUUUCAAUUAUUACAUGAAUUUCUUCCAUAUCGUAAAAUCAAUAAAAAUCAUAAUUAUCUGGUUUUAAUAUAUUAAUAAAAAUAUAGUAGCUCAUUAAUAAAGAUAAGUAGCGAUAAAAGAUAAAAUAAAUUAAUAAAUAUAAUUUGGAUUAAUAAACAAAGUAAUAUCAAAUAGGAAAAACGAUAUAAUGAUUUGAUUGAUAUCGUGAAAAUAAUUGAUCAGAUAAUCAAAGAUAUAAUGUAUUAUAAUCAAAGAAUUAUCCCUGAGUAAGUGCUGCUCUAUAAUGUCUUUAAUAUCAUUUAACAGAUCGUUUAUCGAAAAAAAAAAAAAAUUAUAUUAGAUAUAGUGACUACUUGAAAGAAUAUAAUCAUGCAGGAAUAUUUGAUAAUAUAGAUUCAAUAAUAUUAAUCAUCGUAAGCCGGACGAUAGAAUGGUAUUGCAUAUCUUCGUGGUCUCAUUUCAAAUUUAAAUAUGAAAUCAGAAUUUCUUUUUUUCAUAUUGUUGAAGCAGCAGGCGCGAAAUUGUCGAGUACCGCAGAUUCCGGCACACUCCUGUCCACAUUGGUCGCACGAUAGAGUCUCUCCAAAAGUCCAUAAAGCACAGACUGAAAAAUAUGCAUGAAGAAAUAUGAAUUACAUAAAAAAAUAAUUUUUCAUAAAAGUGAGGUUUAUAAAUCAUUUUCAACUAUAAUUUAUACAAUAUAAAUAUCAAUUUAUUAUACUAGUCAAAAUAUAAAUAUUAAUUUAUUUUAUAUUAAUCAAAAAGUAUAAUAAGUGGAUUAUAAAUAAUAAAAAAAAAAAUACUAAUUUAUAAUCUACAAAUUAUGAUAAUUACUGAUCAAAUGUAAAGUUGAAGAAUAUUUUAGCGAUGUCAAAGGAAUUCUGUCGAAAAUUAAAGAUUUUCUACAAAUAUUUGUAAUGUUUAUAAAAAAGCUAAGAGAAGUAAAUAUAAGAACGAGCAUUACGUGAAAAUACUACGGCAACCGAAAGACUACACUUGAUGCAUUUAUGGAUGUGAUAGCACGAACUUUAUACCGGUAAUGAAUGUUAAUUAAGUAAUUACAAGUUGUUCUGUUAAUGUAUAAAUUGAUGCAUAAUUUUAACUAACUUUUUUCUUCUAACUUUCAAUAUUUUUAUAUUCAACAUAAAGAAAUUCAACUGAAAGAAAAAAUUAUAAGAUCAAUAUAAGUAAUAUCACAUCGAUUAAAUAUAAUAUAAUUUAAUGUAUAUAAUUA